GGCGGCGCCGCGUCGGUCCGUCACCUCCCGGGCGUCCCGCGAGGAGGCCUGGAGGGAGAUGGAAGAAGAUGAGCAAGAGCAGCGGCGCAGAAAGGUGGAGGCCGGAAGGGCGAAGCUUGCUCACUUCCGACAGAGAAAAACAAAAGGUGACUGUGCGCAUUCGAAGAAAAAGACGGCGAAGAGGAAGGGCUCGACUGUCGAUGCGCCUGUCCAGGAGGAGAGUCCGGUAACCAGUGAGAACAGUGGAUUCCUGGGAGGAGGGGACAUUUGCAAAACCACAUCGUGUAGUGACACCCCUGAAGGAGCAGCAGCGACUCAGGUAGAGAACCCUGAUGGAGCAAAGACAAAGGAUUCGGAGCAGCUGCAGCAGAGGCUGGAUGGUGACAGUUCAGAACAGCCUGGGGUCCUCACAAAGGAAUGUGAACAGGAAUGUAAACCUGAAAUUGCUGAACUGAUGAGCCAACAUGAAGACAAGACUGACAGGGAGCAGUGGGCAAUGGUGGGGCUGCCGGCAGAGAUGCAGCAGCCAGUGCCACCCCUGGAGCUGGAGGCGCUGCGCUUGAGUCUGAGCAACAUGCACACGGCGCAGCUGGAGCUGACACAGGCCAACCUACAGAGGGAGAAGGAGACUGCACUGAUGGAACUUCGGGAUAUGCUUAAUGGCCGGCACGCCCAGGAGCUGGCCCUUCUGCAGAACCGCCAGCUAUUGGAACUGGAGCUUGUUAGAGAGCAGCAUGCACGGGAGCGGGAGGAGGCAGCCCUGAGGUGCAGCAGGGAGAUAGCUGAGCUGAAGGAGAAGUUACAGUCAGAAAUGGAGAGAAAUGUCCAGACCCUGAAGCAAGACUGGGAGUCUGAGAGAGAUUUAUGCUUAGAAAGCCUGCGCAAAGAGUUAUCUACAAAGCAUCAGUCAGAAUUGGAGAGUUUACAAAGCCAAUUUAAGAAAGAAUUGGCAGAACAGAAAGCUGAGCUGGAGCAGAUUUUUCAAGCCAAAAAUCAGGCAGAAUUGUCCCUCCAGACUCUGCAGGCUCAACAUGAUGCUGCUGUGAAGAAACUCCAGGAAGACCUGCAGUCUGAGCGCUGCCGGCACACGGAGGACCUGGACCUGAGAUUCAGCGAGAAGGAAAGAGAGAAACAACUGGAGUUGGAGAACCUUCAAGCAUCUUACGAAGAGCUGAAGGCUCAGUCACAAGAGGAAGUCAGGCGCCUGUGGUCCCAGCUUGAGUCCACGAGGACCGACAGACAGGAGCUGAGUGACUUACGUGAGCAGCUCCUGGUGCAAGCGGCUCACAUGGAAGAAUUAGAACACCUACAGCAAGAUUUUGAGCAGCAGCAGCAACGGGAGAAAACUGAGCAUGAGUCUGAACUGGAGCAGUUGAGACUUUACUUUGAAAAGAAAUUGCAGGAUGCUGAAAAAAAUUACCAGGAAGAUCUGACUCUGUUACAGCAGCGACUGCAGGAGGUGAGGGAAGACUCUCUUCUGGAGUCUGCGGAGAUCAGUUCAUCCAGUGUGGUUUUAGAAGAAACUUCUGAAAAAGAAAGAAGAGACCUUGAUCAGCUCAGCUUCCAACUGGAGCAGAAUGAGGUAAAACAUAAUUUAGUUGAAGAUCACCAGGAAGAAUUGAGGAAAGCUAAGGAGCAGAUUCAGCUAAUUAAACAAGAACUCAAAGAAAGAGAAGCCGAGUGGAAAGGUAUAGGUGAAGCCUUAAAGAGAGAAGCUGAAGAGAAGUUAACUCUGAUGCUCCUUGACCUGAGAGAACAGACUGAAUUGGAGAAACAAUCAAUAAUAAACAAGUUUGAGCUUCGAGAAAUGGAAAUGAAGCAACUGCAGGAUCAGCAGGCAGCCCAGAUCCUGGACCUGGAGGGGUCCCUGAUGGAGCAGCAGGGCCGCCUGUGGCAACUGGAGCUUGGCCUUGCUGGGGAUGAGUCUCUGCAGUGCAGCCAGGAACCAAGCAGUGGUCUGGCCCCUGUGGACCGGGACCGAGACCAGGAGCUUCGUACGGUCCAUCUGAAGGAAGACUGUGCCCUCCAGCAGAUGCUGGCCCAGAACAGGUUUUUAGAACAACGUAAAGAAAUCACAGAGAAAAUCACUGCAGAACAAGAUGCCCUCCUGCGGGACGCUCAGGAGAAGCAUGCCAGAGAGCUCCAGCUCCUCCAGGAGAGACACCAGCAGCACAUUCUGUCCCUGACAAUGGAGCUUGAGGCCAAGCACCAGGCCAAUGUUGAGGAGCUGAAGGCUGUGUUCCAGAGAGAACAGUGGACUCUUUCAGAAGCUCGUGUAGUUGAACUGCAGGCGAAACAUGCUGCCGAAAUCCGUGCUCUGGAGAUGAGGCAUUUGUCACACCUGGAUUCUGUGGAGUCAUGUUAUCUGUCUGAAAUUCAGACCCUCAGGGAUGAGCACAGGCAGGCCCUGGAGCUGUUGCGGGGGGACCUUGAGGAACAACUGCAAAAAAAGGACUCUUCUCACCAAAUGAUUUUGACUCAGGAGUUAGAGAAACUUCAGCGGAAACAUGAUGAAGAGCUUGAGUCCAUAAAGGGAAGCCGGAGAGCUGAACUAAGCACUGAACACACCGAGAGUUUGAGGGUUCUGGCUGCCGAGCUUCGGGGGGCUCACCAGGGUGAAUUUGAAUGUGAAAAGAAAGCUGCUUCGCAUGAAAAAGAGGAGAUAAACAGACUGGAGUGUGAGCAAGCACAGUCUCUUCACCUAAAAGAAAAGGAGUCUUUGUCUAUGCAGCUUCAGGAGAAGAACAACCAAAUUCUGCAGCUAAAAGACCAAAUUUUAUCCUUAAGUCGUGAGAUAGAAGAGCGGCGUUUAGAACUAGAGACACUACAGCAAAGGCGGGACAGGGAGAACCAGGAAGGCACGAACCUCAUCUGGAUGCUCAAGUCUGACGUGGACCUGUCUCACAGCGAAAGGUCAGGCCCUCCUCUGUCACUGCUGCCCAGGAUAGCUCUCCAGGACUCCCUGCGGAGGUUGCUGGGCCUAUUUGGAGAGACGCUGAAGGAUGCCAUCUCUCUGAAGAGCCGGAUCAGUGAGCGCGUAGGACUAUGCUUGGAGGAUGAGAACCCACCCAACGUGAGGCCAGGGGGCCAGGAUCUGUCUGUAGCACCAGCAUUGGAUGAGACGUGGUCUGGGCCUGAAGUGGCCCUGCCGGAGCUGGAUAGAACUUUGCCUGACUGCACUGAGAUGUCUUCCUUGGCUGAGAUCAGCAGCCACAUCUGUGAAAGCUUUUUCAUGAGUCCGGAAAGUACACUGGAGUAUGAGGAGCCUGUCAGGAACAUCUACCGGAGCCUUGGCCUGGCGGUGGAUGGCCUCCUGGAGAUGGUUCUGGACUCCUCCAGGCAGCUGGAGGAAGCACGUCACAUUCAUGCUCGUUUUGAAAAAGAAUUUAGCUGUAAGAAUGAGGAGACAGCCCAGGUUGUUAGAAAACACCAGGAGUUACUGGAACGCCUGGAGGAGGAGAACUCAGCCAAGGCUCGGCUGACGCUGGAGCUGCACAAGGCAGAAGGCAUCAUCGAGGGAUUCAAGGAGGAGAAGACCAGCCUGCAGGAGGCACUAGGCCGGAAGGAGAUGUCUGAGCAGAGCCUUGUGGCCGAGCUGGAGAGCCUGAAUCAGCAGCUUCAGCAGGUGACUCGGCAGCAGACAGAGCUGAAGGAGGAGAACUCAGUCCUGUGGCGCCAAAAAGAGGUGGCAGCCACAGAAGCAGAAGAGAGAGAGGCUGCUCUUCGGAGGGAAGUGGAAGCUGCUAUCACAGAGCGGUUGGAGACCAGGCAGCAAUGUGAGAAAGACCGUGUGGCUCUGCUUGCCCAGGUGAAGCUCCUGGAGGCUGAGCUGGAAGAGCAGCUUUCGAGCCAUCGAGCGUAUGCUUCACAGGCCGAGGAACUCGGCGCCCUGCGGCAGCAGAUGGUAUCUCUGGAUAAACACUUGCGUAGUCAGCGGCAGUUUAUGGAUGAGCAGGCUGUCGAGAGGGAGCAUGAGCGGGAGGAGUUCCAGCAGGAGAUCCAGAGGCUGGAGGAGCAGCUCCGGCGGGCAGCCCAGCUGCAGCCCCGUGGCCCACGAAACAGUGAUCAGGCACAGUUGGAUGAGGAGGUUGAAUUGUUACAGGAAAAAUUGAGAGAAAAAUCAGAUGAACUUAAUGAAUUGGUGAUGAAGAAAGAAUUAGCAGAUAGACAAGUGUUGAUCCAGGAAGAAGAAAUUAAACAUCUGGAGGAGACAAAUGCUGAUACCAGGAGGAAAGUGAUCCAGCUCCAAGAAGAACUGGAGAAGCAGAGGAAAGCUAUGAAAGAGCUACAACAGGAUAAGGAGGCAUUACAGCAACAGCAGAUGAGUAACUUGCUGCUGGUGUCCACAUUGCAGUCUAAACUAGAUGAAGGCAAAUGCUCUGUGCCUCCUGCAGACAGCCAUUCUGAGGGCCCAGAACUCCAGUUAGAGGCAGUGCAGAGGGCACUUCUGCAGCGGGAGAGCGAGGUUUUGGACUUAAAAGAACAAUUAGAAAAGAUUAAAGAUGACUUAGUUAGUAAAAAUGAAGAAAUACUACAUCUGAACUUAAAAUUAGACCUGCAGAGCAACCACACUGCUAUCAGUGUCAGUGGACUACAAGAAGAGAAUGCCAAUUUGAAGGCAUUUCUGCAAAACAAAGAAAAGGAGAUACUGUGCAUGAGUGAGCAGCUCGAGGCACAGCUGGCUGGGAUGGGAAGUGGCGCUCUCAAUGAGGUUAUGUAUAGUAGAAGUGCUGAAGUCGAGGAGCUGAAAUCCAUUAUUGAGACCUUGCAGGAGAACCAGGAGCGGCUGCAGAAGGACAAAGCAGAGGAAAUCGAGCAACUGCAUGAGGUCAUCGAGAAGCUUCAGCGGGAGCUGUCCCUUGGGGGGCUUGCUGAGCGUGAGUUUGGUGACAGCCAAGCUGAAGACCUCCAGAGCGAGCUGGAGCUCUGCUGCCUGCAGACUAAGGGAGCCGAGGCACAAGCUGUGCUGCAGGCCGAGCUCCAGGCUGCACUUGAGGCCAAGGAGGCCCUGAGUCAGCUGUUGGCUGAGCAGGAACACAAGCACGGCCAGGCCCUGGAGGCCCUGCAGCAGCGCCUGCAGGUUGCGGAGGAAGCUGCUUCGAGGCAGCUGGCACAGCUGGGUUCCAGCGUGACCCUCCAGGAGGCUGAGGUCCAGGGCUUGGCCUCCCAGAUUCAAGAGUUUGAGGCCACCCUUAAAGUAAAGGAUGCACAGAUUGCUCAAAGGGAUUUGGAAAUUGAGGCUAUAAACAGAAAGCAGUCAGCCCACUCCGCUGAACUGGAGGCCAUCCUGUUGGCCUUUGCCCACCUCCGCUGCACCCUGGAACAGCAGGCCCUGAGUGCCACAUGUGAUCCCCCUGAGCUGCAGCGGCUCCGAGUACAGUGUGUCCGUCUCAGCCACCAGCUACAGGCACUAAACCAGCGGUUUCUGAGGUGCCAGAAGGAGCUGGACAAGGAGCAGGCAUGUGGGGCCCCCAUGCUCCAUCAUGUGAGGGGCAGUUUCCAGGAACAUGUGACCAGAAGUGAUGAGGCCUCGUGUGAUGAGGAGUUGGAACAGAAUUUGGGCACCAGGCAACUAACUGUGGCCCCCAGUGGCCAAGGCAGUGAUGCACAGAGUCCAGUGAAAGAUGAUCUGCAGCCUGCCAAAGCCCUGGUGAGGGUAAACCACAAUCUCCACAAACAAGACAGUGUGAUGUCGGUACUCACGGUCUGCCAAAGGCAGCUGGAGUCUGAGCUACUCCUGGUGAAAAACGAAAUGCACUUGAGUGCUGAGGACCAUGGCAAAGCAUUGGGGACAAUGAAGGAUAAGGAAAAACUAUGGGAAGGUUUUAAGCUGCAGAAAAUUGAUCUCAUAACUCAGGUGAAACAGCUUCAAGAAAAACUGAACCGUCUGAUAUGUUCUAUGACUUUCCAGAACAUCGAGACAGAGGAUGUGAACUCUCAACAGCCAUUGGCAUUUUCUCAUGGUUUAGAAAACAGUUCAGGUGGUACUUCCAGUAACCAUGAAGAAACUGACAAAUUGCCUCCUGUUGAUGCAUUUAAUAUCAAUAAACUCAAACAAGAUCUAAUUGACAUUGUUGGAAAUCAGGAUUCACUGAUAAAAUAUGAAAUGCCAAAUGUUCCCCUGGAAGACGAGGUAGAUUUGCAGGAUGGGUCACUUUGUUUACAGGUGGACUUGCCAAGUAGCUCCCAUGAUUUAACCGACGAGGCUGAGCCCUUGAAGAAUGCACUUAGCGUUAUGGACCUGUCCUCCUGGAGCUCCCCAGAGGUUGUGAGGAAGGACUCAAUGCUUGAGCCAUCACCCAGCCUGCCCCUGACACCCUGCUUGGAUGCCCUGAGCCAGCACAGCCUGGAUGCUUCCCUAAAGGACAGGAGGAGUGCCUCACUGCUCCAGGCUGACCCAUCAGAAUUGCUGUGUUCCCUUGGCGGGUCAACAGUUGUAAAGGCCCCUUGUUGGGCAGAGUCUUCAUUGGCUGCAGACAGGGCUUCCUCCGCUGACCAUCAUGUGCAUCGUAUGGCUGUGGAGAAAGAUGUUGAGGAUUUUAUAACGUCUCUUGAUUCUCAAGAAAAGUCAAGAUCACCUCCUCUUGGGUUAAAAGGAAAAAGCAAUGGAAUUGAAAACAGUGAUGGCUCUGGGUGUGGAGAGACACUAAACCAAGGUACAGGAGGACUUGAAGCUCCCACUGCUAGUCCUGCAGUGUCACCCCCUGCCUUGGGAAGUUUCCAACAGCCACUGGAAGCCAUGAAAGAAGUCCACCCGAAGCAAGUUAAGGCUUUGCUGCAGAUGGUGUAUGAUGAGAGCCACCAUAUCCUGGCCCUGUCUGAAUACCAUGGAUACCCCAGCGCACUGAGCAAGGGCGAGCCAAGUGCACCCAUUGAGCACUUUCUGAGGAGUGGCCAAGGCCCGUUGCAGGCAGUGCCAGCUCUGAGGGGGCACCUAACCCCAACACACCAACAGGGCACUAAGGAACCUUCUGACACCUGCCUCGACUGGAGAGGAGAAUUCCUGCAGGUCAUUCAGGAGGCAUUUGAAAAGGAGCGGGAGAUGCUGACGGUGGAGCUGCAGCCACAACUCUGUGGCUCUGGCCCCAGGGCCCAUGGCGCCCUGGUAGAGAGACUGCAGAAGGUGGUCCAGGAACAGGGGGACCUGCAGGAGAAGUCCUUGGAGCACCUACGUCAAUCUGACAGGAGCAGCUUGCUGUCCGAGAUCCAGGCCCUGCGAGCCCAACUGCGGCUGACGCACCUGCAGAACCAGGAGAAGCUGCAGCAGCUGUGUGCAGCGCUGACUAAUGCAGAGGCCCGUGGGAGCCAGCAAGAGCACCAGCUGCGCAGGCAGGUUGAAUUACUGGCAUAUAAAGUUGAGCAGGAAAAAUGUAUAGUGAGUGAUCUGCAGAAAACCCUCAAUGAAGAGCAAGAGAAAGCAAAUAACGUCCGGAAGCUGCUGUUGGUGGAGCAGAAUGCAGUCAAAGCUUUGAAAUCUGAGCUUUGUGAGUGUAAACAGGACAAUGAGAGGCUGCUGAAGUCUCUCAGUGACGUGCAGAAGGAGGUUCUCCAGUUGAGGUCCGUACUAGACAGCAAGGAGAACGACCUGAAGGCUGCACUUCAGGAGCUGGAGGGCGAGCGCCAGAAGGAGCAUGCCCUGCAAAGCCGGCUGGAGCAGGAGCAGCUGCAGCACCUGCAGAGGGAAGGCCAGAACUCCAAGGCUCUGGAGGACUUAAGAAUAUCUUUGGAGAAGCAAUAUGCUCAGAAUAAUCGACUAUGUGUAGCACUGAAACAUGAGCAGACAGCAAAGGACAACCUUCAAAAAGAGCUGCAGAUUGAGUCCUCGCGCUGUGAGGCACUAUUGGCGCAGGAGCGGAGCCGGCUCUCCAAGCUACACCGGAACUUGGAGGCUGCGCAGGGCCGCUCGCUGGAGCUGUCUGAGGCCUUGCAGCACGAGCGAGUCCUGACAGAGCAGCUGAGCCGGCGGGCACAGGAGGCCUGUGCUCACCAGGAGACACAGGUGCACCGUGCGCUGCUGCGGAAGCUGAAAGAUGAGACGACCCGGGUGGCAGAGCUGCAGGCAGCACUGGAGAAAGUACAACAGCAUGCUGUGUGUGCUCAGCAGCAGCUGGAGGCUGAGGUUCGGAGGCGCUGUGCAGAGCUUGAGAGAGAGAAGGAGGUGAGUGCCAAGCUGAGGUCCACUGUGCAGGCCCUGCGGACCCCCAAACCAGAGCCGAGCUGUGAUCGGGACAGGGAGAGGGAGAAGCCCACAUGGCUGCAGGCAAAGUUAGAGCAGUUACACACGAGGUUGGCAGAGCAAGGAGGACUCAAGGACACAAGGAGAAGAGUGGAGACAAGGCAGAGUCGGGCAGAUGCGGACAAGUGGAAGAAGUGGCAGAGAGACAAGGAGAAACUGAGAGAGUUAGAAUUGCAGCGCCAGCGUCACGAGCACAAGAUCAAGCAACUUCAGCAGAAGAUGAGGGAGCUGGAGGCCAGGGAGGUAGCGCACCUGCCCCCAGAAUCAGAGCAUCUCCGAGAGCAGCAGCAGGGCCUGGAGAUGAUUCGGCAGCAGCUGCUCUGUGCAGCAGGGCUGCUGACCAGCUUCAUCAACCAGACUGUAGACAGGACAAUUAAUGAUUGGACGUCAUCAAACGAGAAAGCAGUGACGUCUUUAUUGCAGAUGUUAGAGGAACUCAAGUCCCAGCUGAGCACGUCUACCUCUCCCCAGAAAAAAAUAACAGCACAGGUACAGGUCCAGCUGGUGGACGUGUUACUGAAAGAAAAUGAUUCUCUUACCAACGCUCUCAGCACCGUGACCCAGGAGAAGGCGGAGCUGUGCAGGGCCGCCUCCCGGCUGGAGAAAACACUCAAGCACCACCUGCUGAAGGGCUGCGCUCUCAGUAGGUCGAACAGGUCAGCCUGGAGGCGGGACAGGAUGGUCCUACAGAGCUCACCAGGACUUCCAGACCCAGGACUGCCGGAGCCAGCUUCCAGGGAGGAAGCAAACACCCGCAAUGUCAAGAUGGAAAAAUUGUACCUGCAUUAUUUGAGAGCAGAGAGCUUUAGGAAAGCUCUGAUUUAUCAAAAGAAGUAUCUUUUACUGUUGAUCGGUGGAUUCCAAGACUCUGAACAAGAGACACUCUCCAUGAUCGCUCAUUUAGGAGUGUUUCCUUCCAAAGCAGAUAAGAAAAUCAUCACAUCCCGGCCUUUCACCAGGUUCCGAACGGCUGUCAGGGUGGUGAUUGCAAUUUCAAGAUUACGUUUUUUGGUUAAGAAAUGGCAAGAAGUAGAUCGGAAAGGAGCUUUGGUUCAAGGCCGAGCGCCCCGCCCAGGAUUCCCGGUGCCACGGCAACAGCUGACUCCACCAGAAACCAGUGAAUCCCUACCUGAAACCAGUGAAUCCCCACCUGAAACCAGCGAAUCUCCACCAACUCGGGAUGUGUCUUUCAGCCACACCAGGGACCCUCUGUCUAAAGCCUCCCCACGCAGGAGGGAAAGGUCCAGUCCAUCUCCAAAUUCAAGAUCAGAAAGAUCCCUGACUGCUUCUGAAGAUCCAGAACAUUCUUUGACAGAAUAUAUUCACCAUUUAGAAAGGAUCCAGCAAAGACUAGGGGGGUUACCACCAGGUGACAUCACUCAAAAAGGAUACGAAAAGAAAAGGGCAAAGCUGCUUGCACGUUAUAUACCACUUAUUCAAGGAGUGGAUCCAUCCCUCCAAGCAGAGCCUAGGACCCCUGGGCCCUCACAAACCACAGCUGCAGCACUCAAGCAGCAGAAGCCGAGGCCCACCAACUCGAGGGAUGAGCGCUUCCGGUCAGAUGUUCACACAGAAGCCGUGCAAGCAGCUUUGGCCAAAUACAAGGAGAGGAAGGUGCCUCUGCCUUCAAAAAGACGGUCGGUUCUUGUGCAUUCAUCUGUGGAAACCUGCACCCCACCAGACACGUCAUCUGCCUCAGAAGAUGAGGGCUCUUUACGGCGACCCGGGCGACUCACCUCCACUCCGCUCCAGAGCCAUUCCAGCGUCGAGCCCUGGCUCGACCGGGUCAUUCAGGGCUCGUCCACCUCAUCCUCCGCAUCUUCCACCUCAUCUCACCCGGGAGGGAGACCAGCUGCCGUGCUCACAGGCCCCGCGGCCCACACUCACAUAGAUCUGCACUCUGCCCCUCCUGAUGUCACCACUGGCCUUGUGGAGUAUUCGCACUGUGAGCGUCCACAGCCAGCCUCUGUGAGAGGCAUUCCUCGGGGGUGCAGUGGGCGCCUUCUGGACACGGCGGGUGGUGUCCCUGUAAACAGCAGAGUGUCCUCCAAAAUCCAGCAGCUACUGAACACCCUGAAGAGGCCAAAGCGCCCUCCACUGAAGGAGUUCUUCGUGGAUGACGUUGAAGAGCUAUUGGAAGUUCAGCAACCAGAUCCAAAUCAGCCAAAGCCUGAGGGAAGCCAGAUGAUAGUGCUGAAAGGGGAACCUGUGUCUGUGGGGACUCCCUGGCCGCCGACACUGCUGGCCGCCUUGCAGCGGUGGGGCACAAUGCAGCCCAAAGCCCCAUGUCUGACUGCCUUGGACACAACUGGGAAGGCCAUCUACACCCUCACCUAUGGCAAACUUUGGAGUCGGAGUUUAAAACUAGCUUAUACUCUUCUUAAUAAACUGACUUGUAAGAAUGAACCACUACUUAAACCUGGAGACAGAGUGGCACUGGUGUUUCCAAACAGUGACCCUGUGAUGUUCAUGGUUGCAUUUUAUGGGUGUCUCCUGGCAGAGCUGGUUCCUGUCCCCAUAGAAGUGCCGUUAACAAGAAAGGAUGCUGGCAGCCAGCAGAUUGGAUUUCUGCUGGGCAGCUGUGGUGUUGCCCUGGCCCUGACCACGGAUGCUUGUCAGAAAGGCCUACCUAAGGCACAGACCGGAGAGGUGGCAACUUUCAAAGGUUGGCCCCCUCUCACCUGGCUGGUAAUCGAUGGGAAGCAUCUGACUAAGCCCCCCAAGGACUGGCACCCGCUGGCCCAGGAUGAAAGAGCCGGGACCGCCUACAUUGAGUAUAAAACCAGCAAAGAAGGCAGCACAGUGGGGGUCACAGUGUCCCAUGCAUCCCUGCUGGCACAGUGCCGGGCUCUGACCCAGGCGUGCGGCUACUUGGAAGCUGAAACACUAACAAAUGUGCUGGAUUUCAAAAGGGAUGCUGGUCUAUGGCAUGGAGUGUUAACAAGCGUCAUGAACAAGAUGCACGUGAUCAGUAUCCCGUAUGCGUUGAUGAAGGUGAACCCGCUCUCCUGGAUUCAGAAAGUGUGUUUGUAUAAAGCCCAGACAGCACUGGUGAAGUCCCGUGACAUGCAUUGGUCUCUCCUGGCUCAACGAGGUCAGCGGGACGUCAGCCUCAGCUCCCUGCGCAUGCUGAUCGUGGCCGAUGGCGCUAACCCAUGGUCCAUAUCUUCUUGUGAUGCCUUCCUCAACGUCUUCCAGUCCAGAGGCCUGCGGCCGGAGGUCAUCUGUCCUUGCGCUUGUUCUGCUGAGGCACUAACGGUUGCCAUCCGCAGGCCACCUGACCUGGGAGGACCUCCUCCGAGAAAAGCCGUACUAUCAAUGAAUGGCCUUAGUUACGGUGUGAUCAGAGUUGAUACUGAAGAAAAGUUGUCAGUCCUUACUGUUCAGGACGUUGGUCAGGUGAUGCCUGGAGCUAAUGUAUGUGUUGUGAAGGUAGACGGUGCCCCGUAUCUUUGUAAAACUGAUGAGGUUGGAGAAAUAUGUGUGGACUCCAGUGCUACAGGCACAGCCUACUACGGACUACUGGGGAUCACAAAGAACAUCUUUGAGACUGUCCCGGUCACUGCAGGAGGAGCGCCCAUCUCCGACAGGCCUUUCACCAGGACUGGGCUGCUGGGCUUCAUCGGCCCUGAUAACCUGGUCUUCGUUGUGGGCAAGCUGGAUGGGUUGAUGGUGGUCGGAGUUCGCAGACACAAUGCGGAUGACAUCGUGGCCACUGCGCUGGCCGUGGAGCCCAUGAAGUUUGUCUACAGAGGCAGGAUCGCUGUGUUCUCUGUGACAGUGCUGCAUGAUGACCGGAUUGUGCUUGUGGCAGAGCAGCGGCCAGACGCCUCUGAGGAGGACAGCUUCCAGUGGAUGAGUCGUGUGCUGCAGGCCAUUGACAGCAUCCACCAGGUAGGCGUGUACUGUCUGGCCCUGGUUCCUGCCAACACCUUGCCCAAGGCUCCUCUUGGAGGGGUUCACAUCUCUGAAGCCAAGCAGCGCUUUCUGGAGGGGAUGCUGCACCCGUGCAAUGUGCUUAUGUGCCCACACACCUGUGUCACCAACCUUCCCAAACCUCGCCAGAAACAGCCAGAGGUUGGACCAGCCUCCAUGAUUGUUGGGAAUCUGGUUGCUGGGAAAAGAAUUGCGCAGGCCUCUGGGCGGGAGCUGGCUCACCUGGAAGACAGUGACCAGGCCAGGAAGUUCCUGUUCCUGCCCGAUGUGCUGCAGUGGAGGGCCCACACCACUCCUGACCACCCGCUGUUUCUGCUGCUGAAUGCCAAGGGCACAGUGACGAGCACAGCAACCUGUGUCCAGCUGCACCGAAAGGCUGAAAGGGUGGCUGCUGCUCUGGUGGAGAAGGCAAGACUGAGCAUUGGGGACCAUGUGGCUUUGGUCUUCCCUCCAGGGGUGGACCUCAUUGCUGCCUUCUAUGGCUGCCUGUACUGCGGUUGCGUGCCAGUCACUGUGAGGCCCCCGCAUCCCCAGAACCUCGCCACCACACUUCCCACUGUCAAGAUGAUCGUGGAGGUCAGCAAGUCUGCAUGUGUCCUCACCACACAGGCCAUCAUGCGACUGCUCAAGUCCAAGGAAGCAGCAGCCACUGUAGACGUCAGGACCUGGCCCACUAUUCUAGAUACAGAUGACAUACCAAAAAGGAAGGUGGCUAAUGUGUUUAGGCCUCCCUCCCCGGAUGUGCUGGCGUAUCUGGACUUCAGUGUGUCGACUACAGGAAUCUUAGCAGGCGUGAAGAUGUCACACGCAGCCACAAGUGCCUUGUGCCGCUCCAUAAAGCUGCAGUGUGAGCUGUAUCCCUCGAGGCAGAUUGCCAUCUGCCUUGACCCCUACUGUGGCCUUGGCUUCGCCCUGUGGUGUCUGUGCAGUGUCUACUCUGGACACCAGUCUGUGCUGGUGCCUCCACUGGAGCUGGAGAGCAAUGUGUCCCUGUGGCUGUCAGCUGUGAGCCAGUACAAGGCCCGCAUCACCUUCUGCUCCUACUCAGUGAUGGAGAUGUGCACCAAGGGCCUCGGCGCACAGACAGGUGUCCUCAGGAUGAAGGGGGUGAACCUGUCAUGUGUGCGCACGUGCAUGGUGGUUGCUGAGGAGCGGCCCCGGAUUGCGCUGACACAGUCCUUCUCCAAGCUGUUCAAGGACCUGGGCCUGCCCGCUCGCGCAGUGAGCACUACGUUUGGGUGCAGGGUCAAUGUGGCCAUCUGCCUCCAGGGCACGGCUGGCCCGGACCCCACAACGGUCUACGUGGACAUGAGGGCGCUGCGCCACGACAGGGUACGUUUGGUAGAACGGGGUUCUCCGCACAGUCUGCCAUUGACGGAGUCUGGAAAGAUCCUUCCUGGAGUGAAAGUCAUCAUUGCGCACACUGAGACCAAAGGGCCCCUUGGAGACUCGCAUCUGGGAGAGAUCUGGGUUAGCAGCCCCCACAAUGCCACAGGCUACUACACGGUCCAUGGAGAGGAAGCACUUCACGCUGACCACUUCAGUGCCCGACUGAGCUUUGGAGACACCCAGACCAUUUGGGCAAGGACUGGCUACUUAGGCUUCCUUCGGAGAACGGAACUCACUGAUGCCAGUGGAGAGCGACAUGAUGCGCUGUAUGUGGUUGGGUCUCUGGAUGAAACGUUGGAGCUGAGAGGCAUGCGGUACCACCCCAUUGACAUCGAGACAUCCGUGAUCAGAGCACACAGGAGCAUCGCUGAAUGUGCCGUGUUCACCUGGACCAACCUGCUAGUGGUGGUAGUGGAGCUGGACGGGCUGGAGCAGGAUGCACUGGACCUGGUGGCCCUGGUGACGAAUGUGGUGCUGGAAGAGCAUCACCUGGUAGUAGGUGUGGUGGUCAUUGUCGACCCAGGCGUGAUCCCCAUCAACUCUCGGGGUGAGAAGCAACGCAUGCACUUGCGUGAUGGCUUCCUGGCUGACCAGCUGGACCCAAUCUAUGUUGCCUACAACAUGUGAGCACUGCUUACCAGCCCCAGGGUUCUGACCGGUGUAACCCAGGUUUCCAGGAGUUGGAACCUAGUGAAGGUGUUGGAACAUGUGAAGACACUGCAGUGUCUAUAGCCACCAGGACAAAGGACUGAUUGCAGUCUUCAUGGAAUAUUGCACCCCUUGCCCUACUUAUACAAAUUUGUAUCAAAAUUCCCCAAAUGUCAUUUGAUAAGCCAUUCCUGAAUUACUUGAAGAAAUGUUUUUAAUCUUCAAGAACAUUUACAAAAACAUAAAUGUCAAUAUUUUAACAGGGUGACUGGGAAAGGAAAUGAAACGCCUGGCAUGGGUGCUGUGAAGAACUG